AUGUUCGCGGCACACCUAGAAUUCUUCGCGGCACACCAGUGUGCCGAGGCACACUGGUUGCCCGACACUGGUUUAGAUAUACUGGAAAGAAUAGAAAUAGGACGUGACUUUGCUUAUCCGUCGAUCAAAGAUCGCCUGCCUGUUAUCUUAACAAAGAUUGUUGACGUACUUUAUAGAGACAAGUGUUUUGUGAGAGGGCAGUUUGGUGAGGCAGGAAUUGAAGAACUGAAAGACUUUAUUGGAAAAAUAUCCAGAUUGAGAAGUGAGCUUCAGACCGACAAACCAUUCACACUUCUAGAAGAGGACUGUCCGGAUACCGAGGCAUGGAACCAGCGCAUUCAAAUCCCUAAUUUAGUGGAGAACCCCAUCGAAUGCACCGAUCCAUCCCCACUAUCUGUGCCCCUAACUUCGCCUACGCCACAAGCUUCCUGGUUCACAAGUUCCUGGCUGUUGGCUGAAUGCUACUGCUACAGGAAAAUUGCAUCUAUAUCUUUAACCAGUAAUUAUCUUAGAAACUUGGACCCAUUCAAAGGUCAGAAACAGUUGGCACUGAUAGAAUCACUGGAUGCCAUCGUUUCACUAUCUUCCUUCCUUCUUAGCAACAUCAACUGUACACUCAAUGAUUCAACAACAUCAGAAGCACUAUUCAAGAGCCUUCUAUACACAUCAGUGUGGGGCAACAAAUGCGACCUUUCUAUAUCCAGUGGUGAAGCCAACAACCAGCUAUCAAAUGUUCUCAUGCAGUUGGACCUACUGAAAAGUUACGUGCUACAAGAUGAUGUCCAGAAAAUAUUCGACUACCUCGUCCUUCUGAAGACGAACAAUGCUGUCGUCAACAACAAUCCACACAUCAGUUACAUGCCAAAAACUGACAUGAACAGAAUCGAUUUUGUCCUUGACAAUGCUGGUUUUGAACUUUUCUCUGACUUAUGUCUGGCUGAGUAUUUUAGCGCCAUCUUCGGAGUUCAAAAAAUUUAUUUUCACGCGAAAAUAAUUCCCUGGUUCGUAUCUGACGUGACGAAUGAUGAUUGGUAUUGGUCUUUUGAAUGGAUGAAACAGUCGGGCUCAGCAGAACUUUUGAAACUGGCCAACUUAUGGGAGGCCAGGAUAGAAGCAGGCCAGUGGAUCUUCACCACUCAUCACUUCUGGACCUUACCUGAUACGUUUGACCUCAUGAACUCUGUAGCCCCUGACCUCUACCAACAGCUUUCAGAGUCCACUCUCGUCAUAUUCAAAGGAGAUUUGAACUAUCGCAAAGUGACUGGAGACAGGAAGUGGGAUCCGACAGUUUGUUUUGGAAAAGUCCUCAAUGGCUUCCACCCUUCAUCUUUCUGCUGCCUGAGGACUCUCAAGUCUGAUACGCUGGUUGGAGUGACGCAUGAAGCUGUUCAGAGAGCUAAAGAGGAGAGAGCUGAUUGGAUGAUAUCUGGUCAAUUUGCUGUCGUUCAAUCUAUUUUACCAUAUCCGUAAUAUUCCUUUUAGCCUGUGUGUGUGUGUGUGUGUGUGUGUGUGUGUGUGUGUGUGUGUGUGCGCGCGUAAGUGUUGAUAUGCGUGUAUUGGGUGUGUGUGUGUGUGUGAUGAUGAUUUUUUUGGUUGAAAUAAAAUUGAGUCAGAGUUAAAAUUGUGUCGAUUUUAAAAAAAGUUUGCUGUUUAUGGAAGUUUAAAUUAUAUUAUGAAUUUUCUGCUGAGAUAACAACUCUUUUCUCUUCUAUUUUCUGAAUUGUCAUUAUCGUAAUUUAAUAAAAUUGGCAGUAAAAGAUGUUAAAAUUCUUAUCGGAAUGUUCCUGCAACCUGAACUUUCUACCUUUUUGUUUGUUUGUUAACGAUUGUUAUUACAUUUAUAUCUACUUUGUUUUUAUCUUUCUUGCUUUUUUGUGUUUUAAUAAAAAAAAAAUCUUAAUAAAAUUUC